CAGGAAGUUCUUUUAUUUCAGUUUGUGGUCUACAUUCCUAUAUUCAUCGGUGGAUUAGUGUUAAAUCAAUGGCUUUGGUAGCAUUGUGCUGGAAAUUAAAAAGAGCAGAAACAGUCAUUUACAUGACAAACUUGGCCACGUCUGACAUUCUUCUGCUUUUUUCUUUGCCCUUCAAAAUAUACAGCUACAAACAUUCAUUGCCCAAUGUCCUGUGUAAAGUUUUGAAAUCUGUUUACUUUGGAAAUGUGUAUGUGAGCACAUUUAUGAUCACUUGCAUAUGUGCAGAUAGAUACAUUGCAAUACUUUACCCCUUUAAGGCACGAAUGCUGAGAUCGCCAAAGAAAGCAAGUAUCAUAUGUGCUGCAGUCUGGAUAUUUUCAAGUUUGUUUAUCCUCCUUAAUGUAUUUGGAUCGGGGAUUGAAGAACAGCCAAAAACAAAUUCAACAGUUUGCUUUCAAGGCCCACGUUGGCUAGAUCAUAUGUCUGCGUUUUUUGUUAUUCAUCUUAUGUGUUUUAUUGUCCAAUUUUCUAUUGUAACAUUUUGCUCAGUUAAAGUUAUCCACAGUCUUUGGAAAAGAAACAAAUGUGCUAACAGCGUAUUUACCAAAGUGAGAACGAUACGAAUUCUAGCUGCAAAUGCUAUUACAUUUGCUGUUUGCUUUACACCUAUACAAAUUGGGAUUUGUAUUGAAGUCGUAAUGAAGUAUAUGUCAGUAGAUUGCACUAUUCUAAAACACAUCCGUUCUUUCAAUGAAGUAACAAUUUGCAUAGCAAACAUAAAUUGUUGUCUCGAUGGAUUCAUCUUUUAUUUCAUAACAGCUGAGAUCCGCGAAAGUAUUCCUGAAGGCACACAGGAAAGGGAAAAUUAUUGUAAAACAACACCAACAGUUACCUGUGAAAAUAUGAUAUUAGAGGAACCUCACUCUGAGACACUUUAAUGGGAUAUCAGAUUUGCACGGUGUGGAUCACUGUUGAUACCAGGUUUCCUGGUGUAAAGAUUUAUGAAGAAUUUGAUCAAAAUUGCAUUGUUAUUGAAGAGAAGUUUGAGGACUCGUGAGAGCAGUAUGUUGGGUUAUGCAUAAGAGCAUUGAGUAUUGUUAGCAUAAGGUGUGCAA